AUGCUGCCUACAACUGCUGGCCACCGGUGGAGGAGCAGGUUCCUCAUGAGGUGGCAAGAGGCUUGUCUGCUUGGCUGUUGGCUGUCGCUAUGUGCUGCUGAGUCCUUCUUUGCUUGCCCUUCCUCCUGCAAGUGUAACAGUGGCAACCUGGAAGUGGACUGUAGCGGCUUGGGCCUCUCUUCCAUCCCCUCAGACAUCCCCACAAACACCAGGACCUUCCUCUUUCUCAACAACAAACUCAGCAUCCUGCCAGGAGCAGUGUUUUCCAACCUCUCUGCCCUACAGAGGCUGGAUCUAUCCAACAACUUCUUGGACCAGCUCCCUCAGAACAUCUUCAGUGACCUGGGGAACCUCACGGAGCUCCAGCUGAGGAACAACAGCAUCCGGGCCUUGGACAAGGACCUGCUACAACACACGGCCCUGCUGCGCCAGCUGGAUCUCUCCAUCAAUGGCCUGGCCCAGAUACCCUCGGGCAUCUUUGACGACCUGCCUGCUCUCCGCUCCCUCUCUCUCAGGUCCAAUCGCCUGCAGAGCCUGGAUAGGGUGACCUUCGAACCUCUAACCAGCCUGCAGCAACUCCAAGUUGGGGAUAACCCCUGGGAAUGCGACUGCAACCUCCGAGACUUCAAGCACUGGAUGGAGUGGUUCUCCUACCGAGGUGGGAAAAUCGACCAGCUGGCAUGUACCCUGCCCAAGGAGCUGAAAGGGAAGGAUAUGCGAAUGGUGCCCAUGGAAAUGUUUAACUACUGCUCCCAGCUGGAUGAUGAGAACAGCUCUACAGUGCUGGACAAUACUGGCCCACCCUGCACUAAAGGAAGCCCAACUCCUUCCAAAUCUAAAUCGGGCUCAGAAACAGAAGUGGAGCCCAGUGUGGGAUGCCCUCAGAAACAGCGAUAUAGGCCUGUGAGCGUGCGCCGGGCUAUUGGCACUGUGAUCAUCGCAGGGGUGGUUUGCGGCAUUGUUUGCAUCAUGAUGGUGGUGGCAGCUGCUUACGGUUGCAUCUAUGCCUCCCUCAUGGCCAAGUACCACCGGGAGCUGAAGAAGAGGCAGCCACUCAUGGGUGACACAGAAGGUGAACAUGAAGAGCAAAAACAAAUCUCUUCCGUGGCAUGA